GGCCAUAGCGAAUCGGCGGCGGGUCCACAGCGGCGGAGCCGGUCCGAGCCGCUGCUGCCACUCCCGGGACCCAGCGGUGGCGCGCCGCUCCGAGACCCUGCCCUCUGCCGACCGCCUUCUCCAGCCCCUGAGACCCCCUCCCAUCCCACGCGGCCCCCUCCCGUCACGCCACGAGGAUGGAUCCAUUGCUGUCUUCAGUCCGGCUUGCCGUCUGUGAGGCUGUUCACACCCUCACAUCUUCUGAGGAUGGUGGCUGCAUCUUCUCCACCCUGGGGUCCCUGAAGCGUUAUCUUGGAGAAACGGAGAACCCAGCCCUCCCUGGGGAGCAGGAGGAGUUUGCCAGGGUCCACUUUUCUACCUUUCUCAGAUGUCUUAUCAGCAAGCUGAGUCCAGGCUGGCUGGAGUUGCUGCCUGAUGGCCAGUUGGAGGAGUUGUGGGCCAGCUUCUUCCUGGAGGGCCCGGCUGACCAAGCCUUCCUGGUGCUGAUGGAGGCCCUUGAGGGCACUACUGGUCCCAGUUUCCGUCUGAUGAAGAUGGCGAGGCUGCUGGCCCGGUUCCUGAGGGAGGGCAGGAUGGCUGCGGUCAUGGAGGGGCAGUGUCGGCAGCAGAAGGAGCUGGCCUUUCCUCUGCACCAGGAGGCGCUUCUGAUCAGGGUGGUGGGCUUGCCCGACCGCCUGGGCAACUGUCUGCAGCAUGAGAACCUAGCUGAGUUCUUCCCUCAGAACUACUUUCCUCUGCUCGGGGAGCAGGUCGUGCGGGUGCUGCAGGCGGUUGUGGACUCUCUCCGAGGCGGCUUGGACUGCUCUGUAUCCUUCGUGUCUCAGGUCCUUGGGAAAGCCUGUGUCUACGGGCGGCAGAAGGAGAUCCUGGGCAUGCUGGUGCCCAGGCUGACAGCUCUCACCCAGGGCAGCUGCCUCUGGCAGCGGGUCUGCUGGCGCCUGGUGGAAGGUGUGCCUGACCGGGCCAUGGAGGCUGUGCUGACAGGGCUUGUGGAGGCUGCCCCUGGGCCUGAAGUCCUCUCUCGACUGCUGGGGAACCUGGUGGUGAAGAGUAAGAAGGCCCAGUUUGUGAUGACCCGAAAGCUCCUGUUCCUGCAGUACAGAUACACGACGCCUGUGCUGCAGAGCCUGCUGGGGUACCUGGCCAAGGACAGCCAACGGCGUCCACUCCUCGUACAGGCGCUGAAGGAGCUGCUGGAGACGUGGGGCAGCAGCAGCGCCGUCCGCCACGCACCCCUGCCGCAGCAGUGCUAUGUCAGCAAGGCUGUUCUCAUCUGCUUGGCGCAUCUGGGGGACACGGAGCUCCAGGACAGCCGAGAAGAGUUGCUGGCCAGCCUAAUGGCAGGAGUGAAGUGCCACCUGGACAGCAGUCUGCCUGCUGUGCGUCGCCUGGGCAUGAUUGUGGCCGAGGUGGCCAGUGCCCGGAUCCACCCUGAGGGGCCUCCCCUGAAGUUCCAGUACGAAAAGGACGAAUUGAGCUGUGAGUUGCUGGCCUUGGCUACCCUCCAGCCUGCCGCUGACAGCCCCUCAGAGGCGGGCCCAUUUGUCGCUCCAGUCGCUGCAGAGACCCCUGACAAACAGACUGUAGACAGUGGAGUCCCCCAGGUGCGGCCACAGGGCUCUGACUCCGAGCUUGACAGCGAUGAUGAGUUUGUCCCCUACGACAUGUCAGGGGACCAAGAGCUGAAGAGUGGCAAGGUGCCCAUGUACAUCCGGGACUGUGUGGAAGCCCUGACCACGUCUGAGGACUGGGAGUACUGGGAGGCGGCCCUGCGGGCCCUCGAGAGGCUGGUCUUCAGGAACCCGGCUGCCACUCGGGAGGUGAGCGUGGAGCUAGCCAAGGUGCUCCUGCACCUGGAGGAGAAGACGAGUGUGGUGGGAUUCGAGGGGCUGCGCCAGAGAGCCCUGGUGGCCGUCACAGUCACAGACCCAGCCCGGGUGGCGGAGUAUCUGACCUCACAGUUCUACGCCAUCAACUACAGCCUCCGGCAGCGCAUGGACAUCCUGGACGUCCUGGCUCUGGCAGCCCAGGAGCUGUCUCGGCCUGGGCGCCUCUGGAGAGCUCCCCAGUGCGGCUCCCCGGGCCCCACCUGCCAGCCCGGCUGCACUGUGGCUCCCACCUGGCGGGCAGUGGUGGAUGAGAGGAUCAGAAGGAAGACCCGGCGGUUCUCAAAAGGCUCUCCCAAGCGGCGACCAGCUGGCAGCCCCAACGGGUUCAACUCGGUGGCUGGCUACUUCUUCUUCCCCCUCAUAAAGGGCUUUGACAGGCCUCUGGUGACCUUCGACCUUUUGGGAGAUGACCAGUUGGUUCUUGGGAGACUGGCCCACACCUUAGGGGUCCUGAUGUACCUGGCUGUGAACACCACGGUGGCUGUGCCAAUGGGCAAGGCUCUGCUAGAGUUCGUGUGGGCCCUCCGCUUCCAUGGUGACACCUACGUGCGGCGGGGCCUGCUGUCUGCCGUCUCCUCCGUCCUCCUCAGUGUUCCGGGCGAGCGACUGUGGGAGGAUCUGCCAGAUGAGCUGCUGGAAGCCCGGUUAUGGCUGGCAGAUGUGGCUGAGAAGGACCCGGAUGAGGACUGCAGAAUGCUGGCUGUGAAGGCUCUGCUGCUUCUGGAGAAACUCAAAGACAAGCUCCUUCCACUGCCUUCUCCUUAGUCCCGACACCACUCCUGCUGGAAGAAGGGAAGGCCGGGAGGCCCGAGCGCGGCCUGAGGAGCCGGGCUGACGUGUGGACUUUGUGGUGGAGCCACUUGGGUGGGCCAUCCACCCGGUACUACUGAGCGUGCAAGCAGGAAGGCCCUCACUCUGCUGCUGUUUAUAGCCCAGAGGUCUGCGUGCUUAGCUAAAAAUGCACGCCAGGGCCUCUGGGUACUGCCCCCAAUGACAGCACCCUGAAUGCUGGGAUUGCGGGUCCGGAGGAGGGACUCGGACAUGGGGCAGGCUCUGCAGGCAGGCGGCUGGAGGGGAUGGGGGAGGGCACUGCUGCUUGGGGCCUGGAUACACUCCAAAGGGAGCUGCCAGAUGGGCAGAGCAAUGGACUGCUGGGACCCUGUGGGCUUCUUGGCAUUGUGUCCUCAACCCUUUUCCUCACCUAAA